AUGAGAGAAGUCAUAUCCAUUAACGUAGGCCAGGCUGGGUGUCAGAUCGGUAACUCCAGUUGGGAACUAUAUUGUCUAGAGCACGGAAUUGACCCUACAGGGCACUUGGAGGAUGAGAAAAAGGGAGUACAGGAUGAAGGGUUUGCAACGUUCUUCAACGAAACUGGAUCAGGAAAGUACGUUCCAAGAACUCUGUACGUCGAUCUAGAGCCAAAUGUGGUUGACGAAGUCCGUACCGGAAAGUUCAAAGACCUUUUCUACCAAGAACAGUUGAUUACGGGGAAAGAGGAUGCAGCUAACAACUACGCAAGGGGACAUUACACAGUUGGCAGAGAACUCUUGGAACCAGUGAUGGAACGUCUAAGAAAAAUGGCUGAUCAGUGUGAUGGCCUCCAAGGCUUUCUGUUCACUCAUUCUUUUGGAGGAGGUACCGGAUCAGGUUUUGGUGCACUUCUACUCGAAGAGCUUUCAAAUGAAUUUGGCAAGAAGACUAAGCUUGAUUUUGCUGUGUAUCCUGCUCCACAGGUCUCUUCCAGUGUAGUAGAACCUUACAACAGUGUUUUGAGCACUCAUAGCACACUUAUGCACUCUGAUUGUACAUUCAUGGUCGACAACGAGGCCAUUUAUGAUAUGUGCCGUAAGAACUUGGAUACAGCUCGCCCUACUUAUGACAAUCUGAACAGGGUUGUAGCACAGGUGUUGUCCUCUGUGACAGCAUCAUUAAGAUUCUCUGGGUCUCUAAACGUUGACUUGAGUGAAUUCCAAACCAACUUGGUUCCAUACCCACGAAUUCACUUCCCUUUGGUAUCAUUUGCACCAGUGCUAUCGAAAAGCAAGUCCAGUCAUGAGUCUUCCAAUGUACAAGAAAUCACAAAUGCUUGUUUUGAACCAAGCAAUCAGCUUGUUAAAUGCGAUCCAAAGGCAGGUAAAUACAUGGCCACAUGUCUGCUCUACAGAGGAGAUGUUGUUAACAGAGACGUUCAGAAUGCAGUAUCGAUGCUCAAAAACAAGAAAACUAUUCAACUUGUCGAUUGGUGCCCCACGGGAUUCAAAAUUGGGUUAUGCUAUAAGCCUCCUCAUUAUGUCCCUGAUGGAGACCUAGCACCGGCUACCAGGUCGGUCUGUGCCCUCUCCAACACAACUGCUAUUGCAGAGGCAUGGCAAAGAAUCGAUGAAAAGUUCGAUCUCAUGUACAAGAAACGUGCUUUCGUCCAUUGGUAUGUCAGUGAGGGAAUGGAGGAAGGUGAAUUUGCAGAGGCAAGAGAAGAUCUAGCUGCUCUGGAGAACGAUUAUGCUGAAGUCGCCCUUGAUUCUAGUCUGGAUCAAGAUGUCGAAUACUAA